AUGAAGGGCCUAUACAAGGCUGCUGGCUGGAUUCUCGCUACUCUGGGGAGUCUCAGUGCAUGUUCUGGCAUUAUUGCUUUCUUCCCCGUCUUCUCUUCCAAGCUUUGGUUCACAGGACGGAGUGUUUGGAUUGCUUGUCCCAUCUGGAAUGGAGCUUUGGCCAUCAUGGCUGGUAUCCUUCUACUGUUGGCUUGCAAAGAGUGGAUCCAGAGAUACCUGUGGGAAGUUAGUUUCACCUUUGUGAUUGUGAGCAUUGUGGGAUGUCCACUUCAUUUUGCAAUAGCCUUGGAAUCUGCUCUCCUAGGCCCAUAUUGCUUCUACUCAUUUUCAGGGAUUGCAGGGACCAAUUACCUUGGUUAUGCAGUUGCCUUUCCUUUUCCAUAUGCACAAUUGCCAUCAGUUCGUGUGGACCCACCACACUAUGAAGAGUACCACCUGACGCUUCCAGCCCUCGACCUGUGCCUGAGCUUUGUCCUGCUCUGCACAUCUCUGAUGGUGUUUGUCAAGCUUUCUGCAAGACUUAUCAGGAAUGGACAUAUUAAACUCACUGCGCCCAUUUCAGGUGAGGACAUUGAAAUAGCGGUGCAGAACCAAGAAUUCAGUCCCAGAGCUAACAAAGCCUGUAGCGCAGGUUCCUGGCUGCUGGGUGAUAUCGCCUCUCAGCAGUCCCUAGGCCUGUCUGCUCCAAGAGCGCUCCGGGCUUCCCGGCGAAAACUUGGCGCCAGAGUGCUGGGGCGCCCUGCGCUCGUCUGGGCACCCCAGGACCACGGGACUCAGGAGGGGGCGGCCGCUGCCUUGCUGGGCUCGGGUCCCCCGCCUGUUUACCCCUGCUUGCCAGGGUUUGGAGGAGGGAAAGAAACGGGUAGAUUCCUCUUGGAAGAAAAAAAUCUGGGCUGUGUCUCUCGGCCUCCUUCCCCUCCCAGCCUUCCCAGCAGAUUUUGUCCGAGGAAUCCGCUCCCCCUCCCGGAAUCUCCGCGGCAGGAACGCUGCCCGGGAGGGGGAGGGCGGCGGCGAGGCCGAGGAAUCUUCGACGUGUCACUUUCUGAGGCUGUAGAUUUCCAUAUGGUGGAGGGAGGAGGGGGGGCGUGCAAAGUGGGGCUGGAAGUUGGGGCCGCCCCUCCGCGCCGCCAGGGGCGGACCGGGGGCCUCGAACUCGAGGAUGCUCGCGGGGAGGGUCCCGAGCGCGCGCCGGCCUGGCCCACCGCCCCCGGCUGGGCCUCUCCGGGACACUCCCCGCCUCGCCGCUGGCCACUUCGGUGCGCGCCACGUCCUCCCUCCCCGUCCUGCCCCCUAGGCUCCCCCCGGGCUGGGGGCGGUAACCGGCAGCGGCGGCCGGACUUGGAGAGCCCAGCGGCUGGAAGCUCGGGCGGGGGAGCGGGGCGCGGCGGGAAGGAGCGGGCGACCCGGUGUGUGGGCCAGUGGAGCUCCGGUCAGUCGGUCACCUCGAGGGGCGCCCGGGCCGGGGGUGGGGCGGGCGGGCGGAAUCCACGCCCGGAAGGGGCUAGGAGGGUCCUGGCGGGCGGGCCGGGGCAGGACGGACCGUCUGGUGCCCCCGGCGAGGCGGGGGCCGGCCGGCGUGGGAAGGGCCUGUCACUCUGGGCGGAAAGUGGGGCCUCGGGCUGUGCCCGCGAACUUUCCCAAAGGUCCGGGCCCCGGCAAUCCGUGGGAGCCCGAGGACCCUGGCCCGGCGUCCCGCGGACCGGGCUGGGCCGCCGGCGGCGCCCUUGGCGCGGAGACUUCCAGGAGUGCGUGGUUGGAGUUGGAGCUUUUCGAAUCUCCGCUCCCACCCUGCCAUCCUAG